AUAAAUUAGCUUGUUGUUUAGUACUCAACCCUCACUACCCAUGGAUCCCAACUUCAAUGGUGUGUGGAGCACUUUUGAAAUAGAUAUGGUGAGGUCAUUCAUAGCUAGUCAAAACACCAACAACACCUACACAAAUGACCCAAACAAAAGGCACAAUGACAUUGUUGAUGAGCUCCAAGCAUGGUUCCCAGGCAAAGAGAGGCAUCAGGUAACUCAAUUGUAUGUUGAUCUAGUUGUCGAGACGAAUAGAGUGCAGAGCAACAACCACCAAGUUGUGGGGAGGAACGCUCUUGUGAAUGAGAACUUUGGGAUGCCAACGGAGGAUAAAAACAUGGACAUGUUUCAUGGUUUUACACUGGAUGAUGUGGAGGCCAUGAAGAUGGUAGAAGAACCACCACACAGGGUGAAUACUAUUCCUAAGAAAAAGAGGCAACACCCAGUCAUAGCUUGGACUCAAGACGAGCACAAGAAUUUCCUUCGUGGCCUUGAAGUGCAUGGCCGUGGUAGCUGGAAGAACAUAUCUAGGUAUUUUGUCCCCACAAGGACGCCAAACCAGAUCUGUAGCCAUGCACAGAAGUAUUUCCUUAGGAAUGAGUGCACCACUAGGAAACAACGCUUCAGCAUCAAUGAUGUCGGCCUCUAUGACAUAGAGCCACAGGUGCAGAAGAACCCUUCUAGUUCAGAGGCUCUCGCCUUUGGCCACAGUGCUUACAACACAAAUUAUUAUGACUUUGAGGGACAACACACUGUCUUGAACACACUCACACAUGCUAGCCAGGCGAGCAAGACUAGAGGUCAGCACAUAAUAGGGAGUUCAUCCAUAGAUUCAACGAUGGUGCAGAGUAACUCUCUUGGAUGGGAGGCACUCGCCUUCACUAGCGGUGCUAACAACACCAACUACUAUGAAUUUGAUGGACAACAUGAUGCCAUGAACAACCUUGCAUGUGCUGACCAGGCAAGCAAUAACCAAGUAUCUACUUGGACUAAAGGUCAACAAACAACAACCAGUCCUAUAGCUCCAAUGAUGGUGCAAAAUACUUCAUCUAGUUGGGAGGGGCUUUCCUUCGAUGGCAGUUCUUAUAACACAAACUACUAUGACUUUGGUGGAUAACAAUUUGUCUUGAACAACAUCACCAGGGGGCAACCAUGGUGAGCAUCAACCAAGUUGUUACCUUCAAGAGAUCAGUUGACAACAAUCAUUUCUUCCGUUGUUUUAGUGUUUG